AUGGAAACUGCUGAGAGUGAUUCAUCCGCAGCGGGCCGCAAGCGACGUGUCACGGCUCUAGACGAGUUUUUGCUUAACAGGGUUUCAAAGAUGCAGCACAAGGGCUAUGUAUCAUCACCUGAACCUCAUAGUGCACAUAGUGAUGUGCCAUCCACUCCGAGGACUGCGCUAGCCGCAAUUGAUACAAAUACAUGUAUGAACAAGACCGUUAUUGAAACAACUUUUGCUGGGAAAGAUGUUGCUCCAGACGUCCCUUCUGAAGAUUCUAGGAAGCGCGGUCGUGGUCCAAAUGUCGACAAAGUCAUCAACCAGAUGGAGAAAGAGAACCAACCUGCAGUAGAGAAGCCACAAGGUACUAAACGCAGAGGUAGAGGUCCUGGGGUUAAGACUUUGACAAAGCAAAGGCUUGCACAAGAGUCACAAUAUACACCAAGCCAUAGUAAUGUCACCUCUAAUGGGUCUGCUACUCCACGGAGCACAAUCACUCAACAAGGUACAACAGGUGCUUCUAGAGGAUCACACUCGGCUGCAUAUAAUUUACCCACAAACACAGACAUGGUCCGUCGUACAUUUACAAAAUCCAAUUCUUCUGCUGUCCUCCAGCAGCUUAACAGCGAUGAAUCUCACAUGCCUUUUCGACCUAGCACUGGGGCGUCCACGUCUGGCGUAAAAAAUUUCCUAAAUGAAUUCGAAGAUGUGUGCGAUCCAUCUGAUUUUGCUGAGGAAGACUUUAUGCAUGGUGAAGAAGGCACUUUUCUGCGUCCGGAUUUGUGGAAAGGUUAUUCCACUAUUGGACCUCCUAAUGCCAGAUGCAAUUCAUGUGGAAGUAUAAUGUGGGAGAUGGAGCGCAACAACAAAUCAAACCGGAAUGCUACUCCAACAUUCUCACUGUGUUGCAAAAGUGGCCAAGUGAAACUGCCACCAGAGGAUCAGCCACCAGAACCAUUGAAAUCUUUGCUCAAUGGUAGCCCGAAAUCUCAACACUUUAGGGAUAACAUAAGGGUAUACAACUGCAUGUUCGCAAUGUGUUCAAGUGGUGGCAAGAUAGAUCAUAAGAUAAACAGGGGUGGAGCACCAUUUUGUUUCAAAAUCAGGGGCCAGAACAUGCAUUUUAUUGGCAGCCUUUUACCAGAGGAUGGCGUAAAACCGAAAUUUUGUCAACUCUAUAUAUAUGACACUGAUAAUGAGCAAAAUAAUCGGAUUGGAGCUGUUGGAACAAACGCAGACGACGUGGAUUUGGAAAUUGUGGAAGGCCUCACCAGAAUGCUUGAUCAGCAUAACAAGUUGGUAAAAUAUUUCCGUUCUGCUCGCGAUGAAUGUAAGAGGAGCCAGCAAGAGGAGUUCAAGCUAAUUCUUAUUUCAUCCCAAGCAGAAAAUGGUCGUCCAAAUAUUAUUGGUCCGACAAAUGAGGUUGCCGGUCUAAUAGUUAAUGCAAGUGCUAACACAGCUGGAUGUAGAGACACUGUUUGCCAGACCAGACAGGGUUAUCUCAAGAGAGUGUUCGAGACAGAUCCCUUUUUUAUGCAAUUACUAUUUCCAUUGCUGUUUCCAAGAGGGGAAGAUGGAUACCAUACUGAAAUUCCACUGAGAUAG